AUGAAAACACUGAGAAAUUCGAUAUCUGAUUAGAAUUUGCUAGUCCUUCCAAACAUCAACUUUUCCAAUAAAAGACAGGCAAAUGCAGAAAGGAGAUCAUCUAUAAUAAUGAAGGACAUUCAUAUAAACAAAAAACCUCAGUUAGACGUCAAGCCCUUUUAGGAUACUAUAAUUUCUAACUAUACCACACAAUAAAAUCUAAAUCCAAAGCUAUACAAUCAGUAAAACAGUAGCCAUCUUUUGCAAACUAAUUUCGGUAUGAGCAAUAAGAACUCUAAACGAAACUCAAAGUUAGUCUCUCCAACGCAUAACCCAAACCCUUCCAAUUCAAAUGAGUAGAGCCCUUAUAAUGCUAACAAUAGCAGUAAUAUCAAUGCCUAGAAGUACAACUCUCUGAAAUAAAGGAAUGCUUAAGAAGCUUAGAAGCGAGAAAAAGAAUAAAAUGAAAUCAUCAUUAAGACUUUUGCGAGAGUGCACCUACCUUAGCUUUGUAAUGCUAAGAAUACUAAUCUACUUAAAAUGUUAAGUGUGAAUCCUCCUAUUGAACAGCAAAUGCUAUACGAGAACCAGCAAAAGCUCUACGAUAAAAGUAUAGAAGAGAUAGAUAAAAUCGUGUAAAAGGGUAUGCAGAACUUUAGAAAAAGAUCGAGACCAAAUAACGGAAAUAAUUCAUCCGUGCCUCGAUUAGGCAAUCUAGACGAGAAAAUGAAAUCAUUCUUCAACGAAAGUAGAAGGAAUCUACUAUAGGGGGUAGAUGGAUUAAAUGAAAGUGACAGUGAUAUUUCGACAAACUUAAUUAGCAAUUACGAUCAGCAAUCAAGCAGACAAAGAAAGAUCAGAAGUUUGUCCUAGAUAGAUAUUAUGAAAAAAUCUGGUAGCGUUCUUCGCACAAGUAACGAUGAAAAUAUGUAGAUACACAAAAGAGACAUCAUCAAGAAUAGCUAUCAAACUAACUUAAGAGUACCUCAUAUGACUCUUGAUUAAUCUAAUAUCAACAGCCGAUAAAACUCGUUUGUAACAAAGGACAUUAAGCAUUCAACUAUAUAAGUUGAGGCCAAUAAAAAUAAUAACAAGGCCCUUGAUAAAAAUCUAAAAUCCACAUUAAUGUUUAAAAUAGACAACAAUGCCAAUUAAAAUGAAAACAUGCACCCAUAAAGCUAACUUAGGAGUAGCUUUGACAGAAAUAAGAUAAGUCUUGAUUAAAACUACAAGAGUGUCCCAAUCCAGAGCCACAAUCUAAGGGUAUCUUAAGAUAAUAGCAAAUCUAAAGAUACUGGAGUAGGGGAUAGUUAAUAAUUAGAGUAGUUUUUCAUGAGAUUCAAAACAAAGGAUAAAAAUAAAUUGCAAUAGGAUACAGCAUUUUCUAGAUACAUCGAUAAGUGUGAGGAUUUUGGAUUGCCUCCAAGACCUAUUGGCAUAGUUUCAAGAAAAGGAAACAAAAAAGAUAUCAAAGUUAAUGAUUAAACCAUAGGCGACUAAUAUGCCUAAGCACUAGCCGAAGGGUUGUAGGCGUUAGAAUCUACAAAUUCCUUGGAAUUGAGAAACAAUAGCUUAACUGAUGUCGGAAUCAUUCCUAUUUUAAAAGCUCUCAAGUCAGAUCUACUUAUUCUUGAUAUCUCAUAUAAUCCAAAGAUAACCUUUGAAGCUUAUUAGAUUUUAUUUGAUAUUAUUGAUCAGAAACUUAACUAAUUAUAACAGCUGAUCUUAGAGGGUAAUAUGAUGGGUGAUUUAGCAACGAAAGCUUUAGGCAAUAUGAUAUCAUAAAACAACUCCAUAACCUUGCUGAAUAUAAAUCAGAACAAGAUAACUGAUGAAGGAGGAAAGCAUAUUGCUAGUAUGUUGAAGUUCAAUUCUAAGAUUAGUGUCUUAUUUAUGAGAUGGAACCAGAUUAAAGCCAAGGGUGCUUACUUCAUAGCCUAAUCUUUGCAAGUGAAUGAUAGUCUUUAGAUCCUAGAUGCUUCCUUCAAUUCAUUUGGAUCCUAGGUAAUCAUAGGCUUAAGUGAUCUCACCUAAGGAGUUAAUUCCUCUUUCAUUCAAAAUAAUCUAGUUUAUGAGGAAACUGAGAAAGUAUCGAAGAUGAUGAACUUUUCUAAGAUAGAAGUGGGCACAGUAUUCAGUGACAUGUUUAGGGCUAAUAAGACUUUGAUACAUAUUGAUCUUUCCCACAAUAAUUUCAAGAAAAGUGAUUGCGAAGUCAUGGAGGAGGGAUUGAGGGAUAAUCAUUCUUUACUAGGGAUUCACAUGAUAGGCAAUGAAGUAAACACAAACUCAAGGGGAUAUUUCAAGGAUCAGCCUACUGAUCCAAGUCUGUCUCAUGUCAUCAGUAGGAUUAAGGGGACACUUGAUACUGGCACAUUAAGAAAGUAAAGGCUAGAGAUGAAAGCCACCAGCAAUUGCUGGAUAUGUGAGGGCUGGUCGCAAGUCUUAUUUAAAGUAAACCCUUCAGAAAUAAUUGUGGACGACUCUGGCAAAAGGUUAUAUGAUGAAAUGGAUGAAGAUACAUUGGUUUACAUCCAUCUUUCCAUUGAUAAUGAUGAGGCAGAUUAAAUGGAGAAGAAUCCAAAAACUGGAGAGUAUCAGAUAUUAAGAAUGAUGCCUCCUGGCUAGUGUUUCUACUACUAUUCUAUCGGCUAGCCACCAAUGAUGAACUAAGCUUAACAAAGCUUCACCAAAAGUUUCAUCAGUAAAAGGAAGAUUGAGGUACCGAACACGAAUAUUGUUUAGAAUGUUGCACAAUCAAGACAGUUGAUUACACUAACUUACCUUGAAGACAUGACAGUCAUUCCACGACAACCGUAAAAGAAGAUAAAAGGAAUAGCUAGAGUCAAAUCUGCUUGGGAUAUAUCUAAGUCGAUAUUUAAGGACUAUCGUUGUGAUAAUGAUGAGACUUACUAGAAAUGUUUUGAAUAUGAUUGGAAGAACUCAAAGUAUAAUAAGUUUAUUAAGAAUGCAGAUGAACUGAACAGAGUCAAAGAAUACCUGAGAGGAGUAUACAAACAUUUGAGAGAAGCAUAUAGAUACUAUGCAGGAAUAAAUCCAAUCAAUGGAGUUCCAGCAAUUGGACAGAAUGUAUUUCAAGAUUUUAUAAACAACUGCAAUAUAAUUGAUGGGAAGUUUAUCUCAAUAAGUGACGUGGAUCUUGAGUUCAUUUCAACCAAUGUAGGUGGGGGCAAGAGCAAUAUGCUUAACCCCGAGAGAGCCAUAGUUAGACCUGAAUUCCUGGAGUUGCUAGUUAGAAUAGCCAUUUUUAAGUUCUUUAAAAGUAAAACUGUGCCAACACAACUGGAAGCUGUUUAAAGGUUAUUUGAGGAGAGUAUAAAUCCCUACGUUCAAUAGUAUGAUAACAGUUUAUGGAGAAGAGAACGACUAUGGAACGAGGACUGCGACAAAGUUUUUAGGUAUUUCAAAAAAGCUUUUGAUUUGCUAUAUGAAAAGUACUCUGGGGAAUACACAAAGCCAGGCUAAUAGAAGUAAUAAAUCAUAAUGGAAAUAAUAGUUCAUGAUAGAUUUAUGAGUUUGGAUGAGUUUGACAGAUUAAUUAAUUAAGGCAAUGUGAUUGAUGAUUAGUUUGGUCCUAGAGAAGUCAGCGUGCAGUUUAAUCUGGCUUAGAUGACUAAUAUCUUGGAAGUAGACACGGAUAGUCAUAUCAAGAUGAGCAUGAUUGAGUUUAUUGAAGCAUUCUCAAGAUUCUAGUUAAACCCUGAUUUUGACACAAUGAGUGAUAUCUCUGCUUUUGAAGAUAUGAACGUACGUAAGAAGUUAAUCAGAGAGCAAAAGCUUGCACCUAGGAUUGAAUGGUUGAUUAAGCGAUAUAUUCAAUUGGUCCUUGGUAUAAACUUUUAAAAGGAAUUUAAAAGGCAAGCAUCUAGCUUAAAAAUAUGA